GGUGUAUAUCAACUUCCGGUGUCACGGGGUGCCUGGGAGACGAAACGCAAAAAGCGGGCAUACCGGACAUAUUCCGUAUUUUCUCAUUGUAUACAUUUAAUUGCAAAACAUAUAUAUUGGGACGAUUUCAAACACCAACAGGACAGACGGCAUAACAUUGGAUGUGCAAUUGUACCAGCAUAUCCGUAUUCACUCGAUUUGCUAACUAGUUAGCAUUAGCUCACUACCACGACUCCUUCAAGAACAGGCCCCAGCCUGGACUUUGCUUUAGCUAUCUAACUAGCUAGCACAAUAUAACGCGAUUUCUUCGUCAAUGUUAUGGUCUUAGUGUAAACUAGAACCACAUCUUUAUAACUCACUUGGAGUUGUUCAUGUUGAUGUGUGGUUCAUUUAGAUAUUUCUAAACCGCUGCAUUGCCGUUGUGUAUCUAGUUAGCAAGUGUGUUGUGCACUUUUUCGCUAGCGACCGCGCCGCAUUCCCGUCCAUUUUACAGUCACAACUAACUAGCUAGCUAGGGCUAGCAAAUAAGAAACGGCGAUGUCGGAUUUCGACGAAUUCGAGAGACAACUGUCUGAAAACAAACAAGCUCAGUUGGUAGAGCAUGGCGCUUGCAACGCCAGGAUAGGGCGCUCGAUUCCCGGGAACACCCCGGAGAAGGACAAGGAGAACCGCCACCACCGUCGCUCCCCCUCUCGCAGCCGCAGCAGAGAGAGGAAGAGGAGGAGCAGAGACAAGGACAGACGCAGCAGGGAUCGCCGUGGAGACAGCAAGGAGCGCAGACCGAGACGCAGCUCACCAUCCCAACAACAACCCCAAGAGAUUGCUGUAAGUCGUUCCCCGCACCGUGAAACGAAGAAGAAGAACAAAGUGAAGAAGUACUGGGACGUCCCUCCUCCUGGCUUUGAACACAUCAGUGUGAUGCAGUACAAAGCCAUGCAGGCUGCGGGUCAGAUCCCAGCCACGGCCCUGCUGCCCACCAUGACCCCAGACGGCCUGGCCGUGACCCCCACUCCCGUCCCUGUGGUGGGAAGCCAGAUGACCAGACAGGCCCGUCGGCUUUAUGUGGGCAACAUCCCCUUCGGCAUCACAGAGGAGUCCAUGAUGGAUUUCUUCAACGCUCAGAUGCGUCUGGGUGGUCUCACUCAGGCUCCAGGAAACCCCGUCCUCGCUGUUCAGAUCAACCAGGACAAGAACUUUGCCUUCCUCGAGUUCCGCUCAGUGGAUGAGACAACCCAGGCCAUGGCGUUCGACGGCAUCAUCUUCCAGGGACAGAGUCUGAAGAUCCGCCGUCCCCAUGACUACCAGCCCCUGCCCGGCAUGAGCGAGAACCCCAGCGUCUACGUGCCUGGCGUGGUGUCCACAGUGGUGCCUGACUCGGCCCACAAGCUUUUCAUCGGAGGCCUGCCCAACUACCUGAAUGAUGACCAGGUGAAGGAGCUCCUGACAUCGUUUGGGCCUCUCAAGGCCUUUAACUUGGUCAAGGAUAGUGCCACAGGUUUGUCUAAGGGUUAUGCGUUCUGUGAGUAUGUAGACGUCAACCUGAACGACCAGAUCACCAUGGAGAAUCAGGCCAUAGCAGGACUCAACGGCAUGCAGCUGGGAGAUAAAAAACUCCUGGUGCAGAGAGCCAGCGUGGGAUCCAAGAACGCCACUCUGACAAGUAUAAACCAGACCCCGGUGACGCUGCAGGUGCCGGGCCUGAUGAACAGCUCAAUGACACAGAUGGCCGGCCUGCCCACAGAGGUGCUGUGUCUGAUGAAUAUGGUGGCUGUGGAGGAGCUGGUGGAUGAAGAGGAAUAUGAGGAGAUCGUGGAGGAUGUGAGGGACGAGUGCAGCAAGUACGGCCAGGUCAAGAGCAUCGAGAUCCCCAGACCUGUGGAUGGGCUGGAGGUCCCUGGCACUGGCAAGAUCUUUGUGGAGUUCAUGUCAGUGUUUGACUCCCAGAAGGCCAUGCAGGGUCUGACGGGCAGGAAGUUUGCUAACCGGGUGGUGGUGACCAAAUACUGCGACCCUGAUGCCUACCACCGCCGAGACUUCUGGUAGAGGAUGACGACAGACGAGGAUAGCGAGGGGGGGGGUGGAUUGUCAUAUUUCAAAUCGACCCCUAACCCCAUACCACCUAGGCACUUUUUUUGACCUGAAAAGGUGUGAGCGACAUAAUGUUUCACCUAGUCCAUCAGAAGGCCAGGUGGAGUUCAGAGAAGUACCCGGGGGUAGGGGCUGGGGAUCCAUUUGCUAUUGGGCAAAAGAGAAGGGAGAGAUGAAGGGUUUGUAUUCUGAUGAAAACCGGGGGAGGGGGGGGGGUCAAAGAUUUUUGUGAAUUGUGUGUAGUAACAGGACAGGGGUAAAUGAUUUUUUUUUUAAAUACUUUGUGAGAAAGAGAUGCGUCAUUCUGGGGGGGGGGUCUUGCCACACCUUAUGGUUUGUAUUUAAAUGGAGGGAGCCUGUUUUAAGUACUUUGGGAAGGUGUAGAGAGGGGGAAGUGGACUGGUCUACUCUAUAAGAGUGGUGGAUAGAUGGAUGGACAGGAGUAUUCAUCAUUUCAUAUGGGGAGAGGGAGUUGGUGACAGUUUUUAUUUGGCCCACCAAUGUAGAUAACAUGGUCAGUUUCUUGUUGUGAAAAAGGGGAAGGAAAGCUGGAAAACUAUUGACAGGAUAGCAUGGAAAACUAUUGACAGGAUAGCAUGGAAAACUAUUGACAGGAUAGGAUGGAAAGCUAUUGACAGGAUAGGAUGGAAAGCUAUUGACAGGAAUGGCCUCGUUUUGCGAUUUUUAUUUCUCAGAUUUGGACCUUUAGAUUUCCUUGUUUCUUUUCUUCCAUGUACAUCAGACUAAGCCCCUCUCCCUGUGUGUGUAGCGAGAGGGGGAGAAGCUGUAACUACACAUAACCAACUCCAAUGUCAUAUUGGACUAAUUUAUCUGAAUGUCAGCUGUUGUGGUUUAUACUGUCACACCUUAAAGUUUGAGUACCAUACGUUUUUAUUACUGUCUGUGUCUUUGAUGUUUUUUUUUGUUUUUGGAUUGAAACCUUUCAUCUAGUUUGAAUUUAUCCAUCGCCAUUUUUAGCAGGCAAAAUAAUUCUGUCCCUACACCCUACCCUUACCCAUAAGAGACUGGGAGAGGGGAAAGGCAGACUUUUGAAGUUCUGAGUUGUUAUUUUUGAAUUGUGAGUGGUAAAUAUUGGAUUGGUGUUGAGUAGGGCUCGAUCUGAUUCUGAUUAAAAGCCUUGCUAUUUUUCAUGUCACAUUCAAGAUAAAAAUAUAUGGAGUACUCAUUCAUGUCUGUGCUUAGCAAGUUUGUCAAUACAUGGAGUCAUUUCAUGCUUUGGUAUUUUCAGGUAACAAUGAUUUAAGGUUGUAGUCAGUAUUCAAGUUGUAUUUCUUUGUCUGGAAUUAGUUUCUUUUGUUUUGCUUCCUGUUUCAAACCUACCUAUAGAAUAUUGGACUGCUCAUACAGAAAUCUCUUUGGCCCAGGUAGUGUUUGUGUAACUUCUCACCUCAGCAGACAAAAUAAAGGUAUAAAGACUAAUACCACUGUUUCCUGUUCUACUGCCCACAAAUAAAAUGCACUAUUUACUUUGACCAAGUUAUCAGGCUUUUAGUAACCAUAGAAGUCAGGUAGUAUUGUGUGAUUGUACACCUCUUCUGUUAAGUAAUGGGUUUGUUGUCACAAAGGGUGAGAUGGAGAUGUUAAACAGAUGUUUUUUUUAACUGAAGGGGAGUGCAGUCUUUUGGACAGGUUCUCAAGUGUUCUAUUGGACUGUUCAACAAUGUUCAUACUCAUCAAAAGGUUGUCCCCUCAACUGUAUAUAUGGUCUCACUUCUUCCUCAUCUCCCUCAACCUUUGUCAUUACGACUCCAAGGACCACUGGUUACACUGGGGUUGAGAGGGAGUUCCCAUGAUGCUUUGUGUUCAGACCUAGAGUUGGACAGUACCAGGGAAAUGUGACUUCCUCCCUUUCUAAAAUUAGCUUUUUAAAUGUUACCAUGUCAUUUAAUUUGAGCUUUUUGGGGGGGGAAAUGUGAUUUCUUAAGUGAAUUAAUGGAAUAAAAAAUGGCUAAAACCACA